AUGGCAAAGGAGCAAAUUCAGGUGCUAAAUGCGCUUGAUGUGGCAAAAACACAAUGGUACCAUUUCACUGCUAUCAUCAUUGCCGGAAUGGGCUUUUUCACCGAUGCAUAUGAUCUAUUCUGCAUAUCCCUUGUUACAAAGCUGCUUGGCCGCAUAUACUACCAUGUUGACGGUGCACCAAAGCCCGGUACAUUGCCUCCGAAUGUUUCAGCUGCUGUAAAUGGUGUGGCUUUCUGUGGAACACUUUCAGGUCAGCUUUUCUUUGGCUGGCUUGGUGAUAAGAUGGGAAGGAAAAAAGUCUAUGGCAUGACUCUGAUGUUGAUGGUUAUAUGUUCCAUCGGUUCCGGCCUUUCAUUCGGACAUAGUGCAAAAUCUGUAAUGGCAACUCUAUGCUUCUUCCGGUUCUGGCUUGGCUUUGGUAUUGGUGGAGACUAUCCACUUUCUGCUACCAUAAUGUCUGAGUAUUCUAACAAGAAGACUCGUGGUGCCUUCGUUGCUGCAGUGUUUGCCAUGCAGGGUUUUGGCAUUUUGGCAGGUGGUAUAUUUGCAAUUAUAAUUUCAGCUGCAUUCAAAAACAGGUUCGAUGCACCACCAUAUGAGGUUGAUCCGGUUGGCUCAACAGUUCCAGAAACAGACUACAUUUGGAGGAUAAUUGUGAUGGUGGGAGCACUACCAGCUGCAUUGACUUACUACUGGCGAAUGAAGAUGCCGGAAACUGCCCGUUAUACUGCUCUAGUAGCCAAGAACACGAAGCAGGCAGCAGCGGAUAUGUCUAAGGUUCUGCAGGUUGAGAUUCAAGCUGAACCACAGAAUGAGGUGCGGGCAAAGGCAUAUGGCUUGUUCUCAAGGGAGUUCCUCGUUCGCCAUGGACUGCAUCUGCUUGGUACAUCAAGCACAUGGUUCUUGCUUGAUAUUGCAUUUUAUAGUCAAAAUCUUUUCCAGAAGGAUAUCUUCAGUGCAAUUGGUUGGAUACCUCCUGCCCAAACCAUGAAUGCUAUUGACGAGGUUUACAGAAUUGCAAGGGCUCAAACACUCAUUGCUCUGUGCAGUACAGUUCCUGGCUACUGGUUCACAGUGGCUUUCAUUGACAGGAUAGGAAGAUUUGCAAUCCAAUUGAUGGGGUUCUUCUUUAUGACUGUCUUCAUGUUUGCUCUUGCUAUUCCUUAUGAGCACUGGACUCAUAAGGAUAACCGGAUAGGAUUUGUGGUGAUGUAUUCAUUCACCUUCUUCUUUGCAAAUUUUGGGCCUAAUGCCACCACAUUUGUGGUGCCAGCAGAGAUUUUCCCUGCUAGAUUCCGAAGUACUUGCCAUGGAAUUUCGUCAGCAUCUGGGAAGCUUGGAGCUAUAGUUGGUGCAUUUGGGUUCUUGUACUUGGCACAAAACAAGGACAAGAGCAAAGCUGAUGCAGGGUACCCUGCAGGUAUUGGUGUAAAGAAUGCACUUAUCGUCUUAGGUGGAGUCAACAUUUUGGGCUUCUUAUUUACUUUCUUGGUUCCUGAGGCAAAGGGAAAAUCGUUGGAGGAGAUGUCAGGUGAGAAUGAUGAGGAUGCUGGAACCGGGGAAGAUUCAGAGCAAUCACAUUCUCACAACAAUAACAACAGAACUGUUCCAUAUGUUUAG